GAAUACUAUAAAAAAUAAGACUGGUUAACGAAACGACGACAAUAAUAUUAAAAUUAAGAAAUCAAGCUUAAAUAAUAGUGAAAGUCAGAUACGCGCGAAACGAGAAACGUCAAACGUCAUUAAAAAAAUAAAAAGUGAAAGUGGCCAGUGCGCGUCAGCCAGCUUAGCGGAGUGGACGUGAAUUAAGAAUAAUAAAAAAAGAUAAGAAAAUCCAGUGUUGUUUAAAAGUGUUUUGUGUGGUGUGUUGUAUAUUUAUAAUAUUGUGCCGGGGUAGUCCGCCCCCAGAGCUCGGCCAAUGACGCGGUGGGCCGCGCCCCCGCACGGCUGCGCGCCGCUCCUAGCCUUGCUCCUGCUAUUUAACGCCGAUUUAGCAGUUUCGCGUCGUCCGGAGCCGUAUUAUGGUCGUCUGAUCGGUCGACUGACGCAAUAUGCUCACGGCAUCCGCGGCACCGUGUACGCGGUGGAUGAGAGCACCGUCUUCGUACGUGGCUUUGCGUACGACGGUACUGGACCUGACGCCUACUUCUGGGUGGGGGAUACCCCACAACCCUCCCCUGAGGGUACUUUAGUGCCAUAUCCUGAGGAUUAUGCUAGCAGAGACCCGCCGGUGUUGAGCGCACAUACUAACUCCGACAUCCUGCUGCGGCUACCGGCCGGCAAGCGCCUCAGAGACAUCAAAUGGAUCAGUGUAUGGUGUCGCCGGUUCACUGUGAACUUCGGCGAUGUGUUCAUCAACCCGGGGCUGGAGCCGCCGCGGCCGCGCGUGCUGCCCGAGCUGCGGCGGCUGGCGCACGGCCUGCGCUCCGGCAACGUCAGCGUGCUCGACGCCAAGACAUUCUACAUACCCAACUUGCACUACGACGGCGCAGGGCCCGACGCAUACUUCUGGGUCGGCAAUGGCACUGAACCCAAUCCUUUUGGCACCAAGGUGCCAAAUGAAAUGGGUUCAUUAAACCCCCUCCGCGGCUACCAAGGCGAGGAUAUCGAGAUCCAGUUGCCGGGCAAGCUGACUGCCUACGACGUGGACUGGCUUGCUGUCUGGUGUGUGGAGUAUAGACACAACUUCGGACAUGUCUAUUUGCCUAAGGAUUUAGAUGUGCCGCCCGCGCUUGGACAGACUAAGAUUACCACGAGCUCCACAACCUCGCAAACUCCGCACAGCACCUCCAACAACUGCAAGGAAAUUCUCGACAAACGCCUACAAGUUAGAUGGGAGAUACAGGGUGAGCAAGUUCAGAUAACGCUGUCGGCUCGCCUGCGUAGAGACCAGUACAUGGCGUUCGGCGUGUCCGGCGCGCAAGGCCGCCCCGUCAUGCUCGCCGCUGACGUCGCGGUCGCCUACUGGGACAGCAAAGCGAACCAGCCGCGUGUCGCGGACUACACGAUCACGCACCUGGCGCAGUGCGACGGCGAGCGCGGCGUGUGCCCCGACCAGCGGCUGGGCGGCAGUAAUGAUGUUGUUUUAGUGUCGGGUAGUCAGAAGGACGGCGUGACCACAGUAACGUACCGGCGGCCGCUGGCGGCGACGGAGCCGCUCCGCGACAAGGCGGUGCUGACGUCACGCGCGCAGUCCGUCAUCGCCGCCUUCGGGCCCCUCAACUCCCGGCUCGAGGCCAACGCGCACUCCUUCAUGGACACCACCAGGACCGAUGUGCAGAUUGACUUCGGAGCCCAGAACGACAACUCGUGCCUGGGGCUGGCGGAGCUGGCGGCGGGCGGGCCGCGGCCGUGGGCGGCGCGCGUGCUGGCCGGCGAGCGCCGCCUCACCGCGCGCAUCGGGCCCGCCGCCGGCCUCCGCGGCUACACGCCGCUCACAGGUCACCCAUCGUGGGGCAUAGCGUGGUACAUCAACGACCAGCUGAUACCUGAGAUCUACGUGGAGCGAGGACAGACGUACACUUUCCUAGUAGAAGGAGGGGAUGACAGAACCAACCCUGCAAAGUUCCACCCCUUCUAUAUCAGUGAUUCCUCAGAAGGUGGCUUCGGGCAGAAAAGAGAGGAGGAUCAGAGGAAACAAAGGGUGUUCGCGGGGGUGGCGUAUGACAACGAAGGAUACCCGUAUCCAACGGCUGUGGGUCGCUACUGCGAGUGGACACACAAGACCAUCGACCAGUCUGCAACCUCGGAGACGUUUGAAGACUACAUGAAGACGCUGCAGCUGGAGUGCAACGAGGGCGAGCCGGCAGUACUCAACUGGACUGUGGCUCAUGAAACUCCUGACUUAGUCUACUAUCAGUGCUACACUCACAACAAUCUGGGCUGGAAGAUACACGUGGUGGACCCCGGCACGCCGGUGCCGCUGCCCGGCGACCAGGGCGCGCGCGUCAACGCCGCCGACACGCCGCCGCCGCGAGACUUCACUUUGACAGCGCUGGUCGCCGCGAUUGCGACACUCCGCAACAUGGCCGCCAGAUAAGGCUGCGUUCGGAAACGAGGCGAGCUCUGUUAUGUUUAGGUUUGUUUGGAAACAUAAUUUUAAAUCAUAAAUACGAUAUGAAAAAAUAUUUAUAUUACGUUUUUAUUGUUAAAGAUUUUUAAUUUGAAUGUUAUUUGAAGAAAACACAAAAUGUUGUACUCUUGUCAGUAAUAGUGAUGGGAAUUAUUUUUAUCGAUAAUUAUUAUUGCGUCAAUUUUCUUUUCAAUUAGUAUAUAAAAUAUAAUAAAGUAAAUAAAUACAAGCAGAGCUCGCGUAUAUUGUACAGGUAACCGAAUUUUGGUAAAUAAUGUCAAUCUAUUAUAUAUCAAUUUCAUAUCAGUCAAAUGCGUGUUUGUGCGUUUAACUUUGUAAAUUAGAUUUUGGAAUACUUGGAGGUCUGUAGACAGUUUCUUUCGACAAUAAUUAUUAGAUUUAGAACAGAUUAUGCGUAGUUUGGAGACGAAUUGGUACUUGAAUUGCAAGUUAAUUUUUAGGCUAAUUUUUAACUAAGCUCUUUUGGAAAAUAUUUAUCAUAACCAUGUAUUGACAUGUUUGUUAUAACCGAAUGUUUUAAAAACUUUUAAGACAAUAAAAUGUGUUUAAAUCACUUUUUAUUAAGUGAUUUAUAUGUAUUUAAACGUCUGCUCAGACAAAUCUACGAAGACAAUAAAACUAAAUCUAAGUAACUUGUAAAAAUUGAGCAUAAUAUAGAUUUUACAAAUAAUAUAUAUUGCUUGAAUAUAAAACAGUGGUGAAAAAGCUAGGAACAUAUUUUUGAUUAAUAUUGCUUAUGAUAACAUAUAUAAAAUAUUGAUUGAUAUUUAUCUAGAAUUUAUAUAAAAUAUACAACUGAAAUAUAUACAAAAUAUAAUACCAUCACGCCUCCAAACUAUAUUAAUCUGAGAAUUAUUGUACACUAUAUUUAUCAUAUUAUAGAAUUAAAUCUGAAAUUUAUUGCUUAUUGAAAUUAAAAAAAAUAAACU